UGGCCCCCAAGACAGCCGAAAGUGAAAACUGCUCGUCUAAGAAAACACUUCAUUUCUCAACAGCUCCAAUGCCACCAUUGCCCCUUACAAAAACACCUUUUGCUUCUUUUUUCAAAUCCAUAGUGUACCAUUUUGGUAAAUUUCUAAGAAAGAAAAAGAAAAAUCAAUAGGGUAUCAGGCUCCUUCCAUAAAAACCAUCCAAGUUCAGUCUAUGUGAUGCAAAAUCUUCAAAUAAUUUAUAACAUCCCACCCUGCCUCCUGCUUCUUAGGCCUCUCCCUUCAAAGAACAGUUCAUCAUCACAUUAUACUAAUACUAAGCAACAUUUUAAUGCCCCGCUCGAGCUUGGCAAAGAAGCUACAACACGCUAAUAAAGCGUGGAAGAGCUUCACCAUCACACUCCAAUCCAAAUUACACAAGCUCAAGAUCUCCAAAGCCAUAAAAACCACCACUCACCGCCUCCUUGCCAUGCGUUGCUUCCGCUUCCUUUUCAAACGAUACCCUCUCACUAAACCCUCCUAUCAAUACAGCCAACAUUACUACCACCACAACCAGCCUCAAAAGAACUUUUCUGCUAUACACAUAGACGAGCUCUUUGAUGAACCUGUGUCAGUGUAUACCAAGAAUAUGCAUGCUCACGCUGAAACAAGCAAAGGUAAAAAAGUGUUCAACGAGAAGGUUUUACCAACAAAUACCAAUAACAUUAAUAGUGUUGAGGAUGCCUGGAAGGUGGUGGUUGCUUCAUCACCGCAUCUCCAAGUGGAUGAAAGGGCAGAGGAAUUCAUCUCCAAGUUUCAUGAAGAGAUGAAGCUCCAGAAGGAAAGGUCAAAUCUUGAGUUUCAGGAGAUGUUAGCCCGCAGUGCCUAAAAAUUAAAUUUUUCAUUCUUUUUUUUUUUACUUUCAUAUUUUCUUCUAUCUUUCAAUACAGAAUAUGAAAGUUAUAACAGGUACUUGAUGGUUUGAGAUUUUCUCCUUUUUUUUUCUCACCUUGUGGGGUGGAGUGAAAACAAUGAUUUUGCAAUGAGUAUGAUUAUGAAAGUGUAUAGCAACCCUGGGUUGUCUAGGGCUUCUUGUGUAUUCUCGUCAAUGAUUCUUUUCAUGUGGCUUUUUGAAUUUGGUGAUUUGAUACAUACAUAUGGGGAGUGCUUUGUUUAAUUAGUGUGGAAAAUAAAACAAAGUUGUUUGUAUUUGAAGAACUUGCAAUGCAAUCAUGAAAGUUUGUAA